AUGGCAGGUACUAAAGAUACAAAUUUACCUUUUUCAAGGGAAUCAUUAGAACAAUUAUUGAAGAGAAGAUUCUUCUAUGCUCCAUCAUUUGAAAUAUAUGGAGGUGUUGCAGGUUUAUUUGAUUUUGGACCUCCAGGAUGUGCUUUUCAAACCAACAUCAUAAAUGAAUGGAGAAAACAUUUCAUUUUGGAAGAAGAUAUGUUGGAGGUAGAAGCAACAAUGUUGACUCCAUAUGAAGUGUUCAAGACCUCCGGACAUGUUGAUAGAUUCUCAGAUUGGAUGUGUAAAGAUUUGAAAAGUGGAGAAAUAUUCAGAGCAGAUCAUUUAGUUGAAGAAGUUUUAGAAUCAAGAUUAAAAGGAGAUAAAUUAGCAAGAGGGGAGAAAAUUAAUGAAGUAGAAGAAGAUGAAGACAAAAAGAAAAGAAAAAAGAAGGUUAAGGAAAUUAAAAACGUUAAAUUAACUGAUGAAGAAGUAAAAGAAUAUGAAAAUGUAUUAGCACAAAUUGACGGAUACUCAGGACCUCAAUUAGGAGAUUUGAUCACGAAAUACAACAUAACGAAUCCUGGAACUGGUGGAAAAUUAGAACCACCUGUUGAAUUCAAUUUGAUGUUUGAUACAGCAAUUGGACCAUCAGGAAAUUUAAAGGCAUAUUUACGUCCAGAAACAGCUCAAGGUCAAUUUUUGAAUUUUAGCAAAUUAUUGGAAUUUAAUAAUGAUAAAAUGCCGUUUGCUUCAGCCUCAAUUGGUAAAUCUUUUCGUAAUGAAAUAGCUCCAAGAGCUGGAUUAUUGAGAGUCAGGGAAUUUACAAUGGCUGAAAUUGAACAUUUCGUUGAUCCAGAUGACAAAUCACAUAAAAAAUUUGAUGAUGUUAAAGAUAUUAAAUUAAGAUUUUUACCUAAGGGAGUUCAAGAAUCAGGAUCUUCCGAAUUAAUUGAAAAAUCUAUUGGAGAUGCCGUCAGCUCCGGAAUGGUUGAUAAUGAAACUUUAGGUUAUUUCAUUGCUAGAAUUUACUUAUUCUUGAUUAAAAUUGGGGCUGAUCCUUCAAGAUUAAGAUUUAGACAACACAUGUCAAACGAAAUGGCACAUUAUGCUUCUGAUUGUUGGGAUGCGGAAUUACAAACAUCUUAUGGGUGGAUUGAGUGUGUUGGAUGUGCAGAUAGAUCAGCCUACGAUUUAUCAGUUCAUUCAGCUAGAACUGGUGAAAAAUUAGUUGUAAGACAACCGUUACCAGAACCGAAAGUAGUUGAAGAAUUUGAAAUUGAAAUUGCUAAAAAGAAAUUCGGACCAAGAUUUAGAAAAGACGCAGGAACUGUUGAAAAAUGGCUCAAUUCAAGAACUCAAUGUGAAUUGGAAGAUUUUGCAAAAGAGUUGAAAGAUAAUGGUAAAAUAGUGGUCAAAAUUGAUGGAAUUGACGGUGAAAUAGAAUUAGAUUCCGAUUUAAUAAAGAUUGAAAAAAUUAAAAGAACAGAACAUAUCAGAGAGUAUAUACCAAAUGUCAUUGAACCAUCUUUUGGUAUUGGACGUAUAUUGUAUUCCAUCUUUGAACAUCAAUUCUGGGCAAGAGGAGACGACGCAGAUAGAGGAGUUUUAUCAUUACCACCUAUUGUUGCACCCACCAAAGUGUUAUUGGUUCCAUUAUCAAACAGUUCGGAAUUGCAACCAAUUGUCAAAAAAGUCUCAAACAUAUUAAGAAAAGAAAAAAUACCUUUCAAAGUAGAUGAUUCGUCUGCAUCAAUUGGUAAAAGAUACGCAAGAAAUGACGAGUUAGGAACACCAUUUGGAAUAACUAUAGAUUUUGAAUCAGUCAAAGAUAACUCGGUCACAUUAAGAGAAAGAGAUUCAACUAAACAAGUUAGAGGAUCGAUCCAAGAUGUUGUUGAUGCUAUUAAGAAUAUAACUUAUGACGAUUCAACUUGGGAUAAAGGUACUGCUAAUUUAAAACCUUUUGAAAGUCAAUCAGCUUAG